GCAGGCCGGCGCAACGACUCGUCGGGAGAUCCUGGGGCUGGCAGGCCUUGGUGCAGCCAUGCACGUGGAGCCUGCGCUGGCGAGUGGCGGCUCCACGGCUGGUAAAUACUCCACUAUCCCCUCGGGAAAGAGGAGAUUCUAUGGACGUGUCCGACAGGGAUUGUACCAGUAUUUGCUAAUGGAGCCAGCAAUUAAAGCUGGCAAUCUCCAGGCUCCUGAGAUUGAAGACUUUUUCAGCAUGAACAUUGUCAAGGUCAAGGGGGGCAUGCCGAUGAAGAAUUGCGGUUUUGGCGGUACCUGCAAGACGAAGGAGAAGAGGACCUCCCGAUGGCUGGACUUCAAGACGGCGACCGACUUGCUGGCUGGAGCCUUCAGAUAUGAUGCGGGCGACGUCCCCGACUUCCUGCCGGGCGUCAAAGUCAUCCGGGCCUUUGCCAAGAAGGUGACAAGGAUGGAGGAAGCCAUCAAUGAAGGCAACGUGCAGGAGGUUCAGCAGCUCUACGCCAAGUCGAAACUUGAUUUGUCUAGGUACUUACCACUGGUGGAGCUAGAACCCCUGGAUUCUCAGGAUUACACUCACGAGUGGGAUACACGCCCACAGGUCUGGUGCCAGGGCCAAUUCUGUGUUUAAUGCGGAGAUGGAGAGGGUUUGUCCAUGUACUGAUCACCCUGGUCACAUUGGUGAAACUCCAUGCAGCGGAAACAUCGCCGUGGGGUGACCACUGUGGGAGAUCUAUGGAGAUCUGGUAUUUUUGGAGCCCCUUUACCGUCUUUACCGUUUUGGCCUUCUGAAACGGGUCUCACCGCAUGCAUCUCCGGGUGCGUGUAGAGACGCGGCGAUGCGUCAGUUCUUAUUGCUCCAGCCAUCGAUUUUCCACCCCGGUUGGACAAAACUUCGCCGCUCUUCGCCGAAGAAAAAAUGGCAGUUGUAGACUUUGGGGUGUCC